AUGGAGCUUCGGAACGGUCUCUGUCAAAGCAUGGAAAACGGUAUGUUAAUGAGAGUGAGCAGAAUUCUGUACCGGAAUCCGGUUGUAGUUUUUGGUGGACUAAUACAGUUUGAUACGAUGCCAAUCACUGACGAAGCAAGUAUGCAGAAUAUGUUUCAAAUUCACCGGCAGACUCAAAUGCGAAAGCCACAGAUUGAGCUGUAUGUUGAGUUUGAAACCGUAAAGGCAGAAGGGAUACAAAAUGAUUUAGAUUUAGAGGAUGAUAGACAUGCAGUAUACGAAGGAAUGAAUAGUGACAGCGAAGAGGACUUCAAAGCCACUUAUGAAGCUGGCAACGAAGACAAGGAUGGUGAUGUGGAAGUUGAGAUAGCAGCGAAGAAUGUAGUGGUUCAUCCCUCGAGAAGUCAACCGAUGAAUGUGCCACCUUUUAUGCAUGAGUUGGAUCUCAACGCCAUGCACGCACAGGAAUUUUCGGAAUAUGCAAACAUAGGCGUUGUUGAUCCUGAGGACGGAGAGUUCCGGAUUGAAAUGGAAUACAGUUCUAGAAAGUCGGUCGUCACAGCCAUUAGAAGUUACACUAUCUUUAGAGGAGUUGACUACGAUGUGUAUGAGUCUGAGCCACAGACGUUCUAUGCAAAAUGCAAGAUGUAUGGACUUGGGUGCGAUCAUUCAAAGUUGGACUCGGAUAUCGUUACUGAGGUUAUAACGCUAUUGGUCGAGACUGACCCGUCCAUCAGGGUGAAAUCUAUAAUAGCGGAAGUCCAGUCAAGGUUCAACUAUACCAUCAGUUGCCGAAAGGCUUGGUUGGCAAAGCAGAAGUCCAUAGCGAAAGUUUUCGGUGGUUGUGAGGAUUCUUACCAAGCCUUGCCAUGGUGGCUCUCGGUCAUGGUUCAGAAGAUUCCUGGUUCAGUUGUCCAAAUAGAAACACGAUUACUGUACAACGGGAAUGAAGAGGCGCACGGUGUAAAAAUACUUCAUCGCGUAUUCUGGAGUUUCAAUCCAUGCAUAAGGGAAUUCAGGCAUUGCAAGCCCCUAGUUCAGGUUGACAGCACACACCUAUACGAAAAAUACAAAGGUGCACUUUUGGUCACUAUUGCACAAGAUGGGAACCAGAACAUUGUGCCUAUCGCUUUUGCCUUGGUGGAAGGGGAGACAGCUGAUGCAUGGCACUUCUUUCUCAGGAAUCUGCGAAUGCAUGUUGUUAGAAAAGACGGUGUGGGUAUGAUCUCAGACUGGCAUGAGUCAAUCCGGGCAGUAGUAAAUUGUUUCAGAGGCGACUGGAAACCUCCAAGAGCGUGGUGGAUGUUUUGUAUAAGGCACAUCGGCAGCAACUUCCCGAGGGCAUUCAAAGUCCCUCACUUGCAAAAGCUUGUUAUCAACAUAGGGUAUUCAAGAACAGUGGAGGAGUACAACAUCAACUAUAAGAGGUUGGAAGAGCGAGGCGAGGCAUAUGCCAGGUGA